AUGGAACAAUCUGCUCAAGUUAUUUCUGUUGCAGUUACCCACCCUAACUCGCAUUCAGAUGCCCCGAAGAUUGAGGCCAUCGAAUUGGUAGCGGGUCCUACCAGUGGUAAAGGCAGUCUCAAGACGAGUAAAUUGCAGCUCAAUCAAACUACCCUCGCAUUCUUCCUGAUGGGCAUUCUAGUCGGUCUCCCAACUAUGCCCAUCACCACGGCGGCAGCCCAAAUGUUCGAGGGCAUCACUGGUGUCUAUGGCAUAUGUCUGUCUCUCACUGCUGCUAUUUCGUCAUUUGCUGGCCCUAUGAUCGCUCGUUACGUACCAUAUGACGUCUGCAAUAUCGCGUUAACCCUGGCUUCGGCUCUGGCUUAUGUCAUAAGUACUCUGCCUGACCCACUAGGCAAUCCCACUGGUUUCAACAAGACCGGUCCUGUUAUUGGAACUAUGCUGGCAGGCUUCGUCUAUGCAUUCGGCACCCAGAACUAUCUUUCCGUUGCAGCGUUCUUCCCUAGCGAAGCAGUUAUAGCGCUUAGCGUAGGGAGUGGCUUGUCCAUAAUUCUCGGAGCUGGAGUGUUUAUCGGACUCAUGAACGGCGCCUUUGAUAAUGACUGGAGAAGGUGUUUCCUUGUGUUUUUACCUACAACCAUACUGAUGCCUUUUGUUUGGUAUUUCAUGUUUGAUAAGAAGCGUCGGACCGCUGCUGAACUGUCCAGAAAACGAAGCUUGCAAAAACCAUCGGGUUCCUCGAACUCUAGUGAUGUUGAAUCCAACAGGCAAGCGAAUAACGGUGAGCCCACCGACGAAGGUUCAAACAGUACGGACAAUGAUGGAGUCCGUGUCACAAGAGUGCUCAGGCCCGGUUUCGGUCCCAAUAGGACUCGAGUGGGCAUGCUGUUGAAGAAAAUAUUGCCGCAAUACGUUCUGCCUCUGAUCAUUUGCACAACAUGCGCCAUCUUCUGUCUUUUUGGGAUAGCACCUACCCUUCAUACCUUGAAUCGAUUUGAGGGUGGCCCAAAAGGAGACCUGGAAUUUCAACUUGUGUUCUUUGCUUACGGCAGCGCGCAGUUCCUCUUUAGCGUACUCGUUGCCGUUAAGCCAGUACCUAUUGUUUGGAUAUGGACAGGUAUAGAGGUGGCACUGACAGCCAUUGCUCUUGCCCAACUCUGGUACCCGUUUUUGAACCAUUUCUGGGUUUGGUGGGUUAUCAUGUUUAUGGUUGGCGGCUGUGUGGGUGGGGGUGUAACGAACACAAACUAUAGGAUUUCUCAGGAUAUGCAAAAAGCCGGAGAGCCGGACGAGGUUCGCAGCUUUGCCAAUAGUUAUGCUGGAUUAGGAAACUUUGGCGGAGAUGCACUUGGUGGUGCUUUGGGGCUGGUGAUUGAGGCCGUCGUUGCUAAAGGAUUGAAGCCUACGCCAUAA